AUGGCGUUGAUCUCCAAGAAGAAGGUGCUAGACUUGACUAGAACCAAUGUUCUUCCUCCGUACGAAAUAGAGGUGAGCGAGGACGUAGCGAUGACACAAGCGCCCGGAAGCCCCGCGAGGAGCAUACAGAUGGAUAGUCCCUUCGUCGAGGAAAAUUCGUUACAGGUUCUGUCUACGUUCAGCACUUUAUUUGAAUUAUCCCUUGGUGCGGAUUUGAACAAUGAUCUGGAUAAAUUCUCGCCCUCGUAUCAGCCCCUUCACUUUGACGAUUCAUCCCUAACCCUCCCGAGGCGGGACUUGGGUUCUCUUGAAGAGAUAGGGGUAGACUUUGGGGAGGAAAGAUCCCUACGCACCGUCAACGCGGCCAACGAUAUACGUGUUGCCCUACAUCAACGAUUCCUCGAGCUCGGCGAAGCUAUCAAAAAAAACCAACAAAUGUACAAAAAGAUAGAGAGGCAACUAUUUGCCAAUCCCGAUCGAGUCCAUCCCAGGAUUCUCCAGGCUGCAUUAUCGGAAGUUGGGAGGAUGUUGUUCGAGAAUGAGCAGAUACAACAGGUGGGAGAGGAUUUUAAGGAACAAAUAGAUGAGAUCAUGAAGAAAAUGUCUUACGAGCUUUUGGCAGCGGUUCUGGAUUAUUCACAACAGGAAGGGGUUAAUCUAGGGCACAAGCUACCAUAUAACGAACUUGAUCCAGAAUAUAAGAAACUAUCCGAAGAGUUCAAGGAGGCUAAGAAACAGAUCGAGACUCUUGGACCUCGUUUGAAUGAGCUCCAGACCGAAAAUCAGAGGCUCAAGAACAGUGUUAUGGAAAACCAUGAUAUGAUUUCGGAGUAUAAUACCAGCAUAGCACGGCUGAAGGCGGACAAAGGACUUCUUGAACUUCAAAUCCAGAACAACACCAUAAGGCAUCAAGAGCUUGAGGAAUUGACAAAAGAGCUGGAAGGAGAGCUUGGGAGAACCAAAGCGGGGGUUAAACCCCUUGAAGAAGCCAACAAAAAUCUUACUGAGGAAAAUACAAAAUUAAAAGAAGGGUUGUCCCAAGACGCUGCUACCACAGAAGCCCUCGAGCGGAGCGAGGAACGUUAUCGAGCCCUCGAAAAGAUACUCCGCGACUGCCAAGCAGAGGUAGUUGCACUGCGCCAGCGCAUUACCCUGCUCGAUCCCAACAGCGCUGAACGCCCACUCCCACCAACUACAGCACUUAAGUUCACGUUCAACCCCGCCUCCCUUAUCACCACCACCAUUACACUCACCGACUCAACUAAUCCGCACUCUCUCUUUCACAACGGAAGUCGCUGGAUCGACAUCGCCCCCGACGACUUAGCCUUCAGGUCUGGCACGCAUACCGUCCAGCGAGAUCAUCGGAAUAACCCGCCACCAACCCACAGCAUUAAACGUGUUAAAUUCAGUGCCCCGUUCACGGCGGAGCCAACAGUAGUGGUGUGGUUGACUGCUGCGCAAAUGAGCCUAGACCGGAGGUGGAGGUUGAAGACGUUUGCGACUUCGAUUACGAAAGAGGGAUUUGACUUGCAUAUUGAGAGUUGGGCGGAUUCAUAUUUGGUUAGUGCUGGGGCGAGUUGGGUUGCAUAUUUGAAGGAGGGUGUGAUAACAGGGGAGUUCAAGGCGGCAGAGAAAGGCGGGUGGAAGAUUGCUAUGGGGGAGAAAUUUGGGGUAGUGAGGUGGCCUGGGCAGUUUGCGGAGGAGCCGAUGGUGCUGCUUGGUGUAGCGAAAAUCGAGUGUGAUGUGGAGGCUGAGAUAGGGGUGAUGGUAGGGGGUAAUGCGGGGAAGGAAGAUAUGCAGUGGAUUGUUACUGCAAAGCCAGAGGGCGGGAGGGUGUUUACGGUCGGAGGUGUUUAUCUGGCUAUGGAGGCCGUAGAAUGA